GGUUUCACGUUUUGUAAACAGAAGUAUUAUUUUGAUGAAGUCCGUAUGAAGAGGAAUGGUUCUUCAUUUAAACUCGAUAUUGUUUAAAAUUUAGCACCGAUUUGAAAGUCAUGGUGUACACCGUUAACGGAUUAUAUCGUGACAGUGUUGCAAACAGCGUAUCAGUUGAAACUGUACAGAAAAGAAGAAGAGCACUGAAAAAGUUGCGGAUACUCUCCAUUGCUUCGAUCAUAGUUUCCUUUUGUAACAUUCCGGUGGGUAUUGUGGUACUCACCCACAGAGGAGACAUGGAAUUUCCCCUUACUUCUGGAGCUCCAAUAUGGUCGGGAGCAUUGGUCCUCGCCUGUUCCAUACAUGGACUCAAAGUCUCCUGGAUGGAAGUAGAAUAUGAACACGUGCCUUCACCACGUGCCUCUCUUCAUCUGAAGGCUUAUCAUAACAUAAACCGAGUGAGCGUGUUAACAAGUCUUGCGUGUAUUGCCUUCUCCGCUGUCUUCGUUUUAUAUUGUGGUCGAGAUUCCUAUAAUCCCGAAUCUUGUCCAACCAGUGAAAGAGAAGAAAUGAUAUCAAACAUUUUGGCGAUGUCAAUUUCUGUCAUUAUGAUGAUUUGUAGCAUCAUGGGCAUUAUUCUACUUCGGUUAAAUGGCAAAGCAUUAGGACUUAAAAAGCUCUUGGAAAUUGCCUCCGAAGAGAAUCGUAAUGCCAGACAAGAGCAAUCUGAAGAUAUUACUGAAAAUACUUCACAACCACAGAGACUUCGACCGACGUCAUAUGAUGAUAAUUUUCCCGCUCCAACUGCACCACCGCUGUGUAUUCGUAAUUUUCCCGAUCCAUAUGCACCACCGCAGUAUGAUAGUUAUUUCGAAAGGGUUUCCGAAGAGAAUCGUAAUGACAGACUAGGACAGACCGAGGAAACAACUCGCAGAGAUAUACUUGAAAAUCUCGAACUUCAGCCGCGGAGAAUUACAGACAUCGACAACAGGAUUACAGAUUUUGAAAAUACGUCACAUCCACAAAGACUUGGACCCCCACCUUAUCAUAGUAAUUUUCCAGACCCAAGUGCACCCCCGCCUUAUGAGCGUAAUUCUUCCGAUCCAACUGAAUUUGAAUAUAGGUAUAGAGAAUUUCAAAAUACUUCACAUUCUCAGAGAUUUGGACUACCGCCGUAUGAUAACAAUGAUUCCGAUCUAACUGAAAAUUACCAAAGGACUACAGAUAUGGAAAUUAAUCCUCAAAGACUUGAACCACCGCUUUAUGAUUCUAGUAUUCCCACACCACCAUAUGAGUGUAAUCGAUCCGAUCCCACGGAAAUCGACUAUAGGAAUCCAAGAUUACAGAAUAAUUCAAAUCCUCAAAGAUUGGGACUACCGUCGUAUGACGAUGUUUCUAAUCCAACUGAAAUUGGUUCUAGGACUACAGAAUUUGAAAAUAAUUCACCUCAUCAAAAUGUUGCUACACCUGUGGAUUAUAAUUCUAUUGAUCUGACUGAGCCACCACCAACAUAUGAAGAAUAUAUGCGCAAUUUAUAGAAAACAUGCUUAGAAUGAUACAUGACAUAAAGAAGUGAUCAACGGAAGUUAUAAAGUUAAACAGCUUUGAUUACAUAAAAAAAUGCAGAGUUUUCAAAUUCAAAAUCUUCAAUAUCAUUAUAAUUUGCUACCUGUUUUCAAAAACAGUGCGUGCAUCUGAAGAUAUAUCUACCACAUAGGAAGUAAUACAAAACUGUAUGUCAUUGCAAGUACAUGUUUAUGCAUUCUUACCAUUCAAGGUAGAGUCCAUCUAAAUUUUUGCUUCCUCGGAGCACAUUGUUAUGCAUAUUGAAAUAUAGACGUCUUUUGGAAAGUGAUUGAUGGUGUCUUUUAAAUGUGCAACAAGGUUUCAGAAUUAUUUUACUUUCAUCAAGAGCGCUAACCGGGGUUAGAUACAAAAACUGUUUCCACAAUUGUUAACCAUAUUUUAAAGAAAAUCAACUAUGCUUUUUAAAAACCCUUACAAACAAAGACUUAAUUUAAGUUUACCAAGCCUCUUUCUUUAUUCCUCACCAAAAUAUUAACAGCAAUGAGGGAGAAUCUUCAGAAGUAUUGUAUAACAAUACAUUUCAGAAGUGGUAUUAACCAGACCUGGAAACUAAUAGACUCCAAAGAACUAUUUAGAAAAUUUGAAAUCACAAAUGUUAACCAAAAUCAAUUAUAUCAAGUCCUACUUUUCAUUACGUUAUACAACCAUUCCCCAUGAUAAAUUAAAUUCCAGGUUUUUGACAUCAUAAACAUCUACUUUUUCAAUAGAAAUGGAACUCGUAAAUUUACUUUUCUUGUAAAUUUUUCAUUUUCAAAAUUAUUUUGUUAAAAGCAUUUUGAUUGUUUACCAAAGUACUCUGACGUUGAUAUUGAAAAGGUGGUUUAGUUUUUGAUUGACAAUAUUAUGUAUUGUUUGGUGAUGAAGUUUUCAAGAAAGCUGUUGGAUUUCCUAUGAGUGCUAAUUGCGCCCGUUGUUAGCAGACCCAUUUUUUAUCGGCCGCAGCAGCGGUCAAUCUAUUUGUGGUUGUGUUAGAAAGUGCACAUGGGGAAUGAGAUGUUAUUUAUUAUCAGUUCAGAAAAAUAUUUCUUUAAUGAUAACAUGUAUAGAAUCAUGAGUAAAAAUAUUUUAAGAACUUGCUUUAAACUAAGUCUUAAUUGUUAUUAUUUUUUCAAUUUCAUUUGUCGUCGGAUAAUUAUUAAUUUAUGAUUAUAUAAAAUGAGUUUACAAUAGUUACUCCCCAACCUGGGAGUGUGUAAGAUAUGAACGCAAAUUGUCUUGAUUUUCCGGAUAAUAAUUAAGUUGUGAAUAAAAAUUGAAAAGUG